AUGAUUCAGCAAAGUCUGGCUGAAAAGGUUCUCAUCGAGGGUUUACAAGAAACCCUGGACAAGAUUGCUGGAUCAGGUCUUCUGUCUCUGGAAGAUUGCCCAACAAAUGAGUCUGAUCCACUCUAUAAGAGACAAUGCACUCAUAGAGUGGUCAAUGAAAAUGAGAUUGCAGAUAUUGUGAUGGAAGAAUAUGAUGCCGACGAAAAUGCAGCCAUCAACAGCAAUGAAGAAACUGCUGAAGUGGAAUCAGCAGUUUCUUUUAAGAGAACUUAUUCUGCUUCGGAAAUGUUUGAGUGUGUUUGCACACUUUUGGAUAUCUUGGAAGAUGAAGAUAUUGACAGAGACUUGGUCAGUAAGGUUGAAGGCCUUCGAAACAAGUUCCAGAAAACCACGAACUCAAAGCAAACUAAAGUCACCAGCUUCUUCAAGUCUUUUUAA